AUGGAACGCCUCCGCCGCGGCCCUUUGCCUCGAGGCAGCGCCACUGAAAGGGGGCGAAAUCUGCAGAGCACACCCCAGAGGCUGCGCUGCAGGCCGCGAGCAGCGCCGUCCGAACAACUGCUGGGCAACGCCAAGGUGACCACCUGCGAACACAGACACAGCAUCGGUCCAACGGCCGAUCGCGUGAGUGGCGCACCGCACGCAACGACCAAAGGCGGUGGCGGAUUGAACGUGGCGGAGUGUGCUGACUUGGGGAAUUGCCAGGUCAGGGUUUACGACGGAGAAGGGGCCGGGGCUCGCUCUGUCACGAGCGCUUUGGAGGCCCUUCGCAAUAGCUUUGUCGGCGGCGUUGAGGUUUGCACUAUCGGUACUCAAGAGCUGUUGCAUGGAGGAUGGCAAACAAGCUGUUGCCUGCUUGUCUUUCCAGGAGGGGCUGACCUGCCCUAUUGCAGGCACCUCAAUGGGCAUGGCAAUGAGCUGAUCGCAGAGUACGUCAGCAAUGGGGGGGCGUAUAUGGGCCUUUGUGCCGGCGCCUACUACGCUUGCUCCAGGGUGGAGUUUGAGCUGGGCUCUCGGCUGGAAGUCAUUGGGGACAGGGAACUGCAGUUCUUCAAGGGAACAGGGCAGGGGAGCAUAGUUCCAGGCUUCGAAUACAACAGUGAACGGGGUGCAACUGGUGCAAUGGUUGAUUUUCUCCUUCCUGGUGGUGGACCUACCAGUUCAGACAUAAUGGCAACACCCUCUGCUGGAACUACCAUGAUGCCUUUUUUGAAAGCUACAGGAGCUGUGUGGGGCAGCUGUCAUGACUAUGCCAAUGGUGCUCCUGCAUUCUUGCCACAAGGCAACAGCACUUGGUCAGGGGUUAAUGCAUUGGUCAUUGCCCGCUACCAAGAUUUUGGCAACCUUGCUGCUGCCGUGAGGUGUGAUGUGGGAGAUGGUGUGGCAGUGCUCUGUGGCACCCACCCUGAGCUCCAUCCCCACUGGCUGGAUGACGCUAGGGAUGGCGAUCCUCACGUCCAGCAGCUGCAAGAGUCCCUAAAAGCGUCUCAGCACAACAAGUUGCUAUUUUGGCACAGACUUUUGAUGGAUGCUAAGUGCGGACAGUUCCUGGUGGCGACCUUAUGA